AUGGAUGAAUCAACUCGCAACAAGCUUUUCAAGAAAUACAAAACUCAGGUUGCUUCGGCAGUUUCUACUGUCUGCGCAACCUUAGCGGUGACUCCUCUUGAAAAUGUCAAGACUCGCAUGCAAACACACAAUUUCAAGAACAUCUUUCAAUGUGCCCGAUACCUUUGGCGAUCCGAAGGACCCCGUGGCUAUGUGGCGGGUGCCCUCCCUCCGCUAGCUAGCGUGACCGCAGUACGGGUACUGAACUUCACGUCUUACAACUAUGCUAAAGAGGGCAUUGCCGAUAUCGUCAAGCGUGUCACCGGUACUUCUCCACUGGCUGAGAUGGAGAAGUCAUCUAGAGGUCCUACUUUGCUUGGAGUGAUGACAUACUCCCUUGCUGGUGGCUUUGCCGGACUGGUAGCAGCUCCUAUCGCAUGCCCCUUUGAGCUCGCCAAGAACGUGGUCCAGACAUCUGUGCUGGUAUCCAACCGAGCUCUGGCGUCACCGGGUGCGGCUCACGACCCAUCUCUCAGACGAAAACCCCGCAUCGGCACGAUCGAGGCUGCCAAGCAGAUCGUCCAGCGACACGGUUUCCGCGGUCUGUACACUGGCUUCCGCCUUCACGCUUUGCGUGAUACGGUGGGCACAGCCAUGUACUUCGGGAUCUACGAGACCGUGAAGCAGGUGGCCGCGAAAGAGAUGGGCUCUGACCAAUCUCCCCUUGGCGCACCCGCUAUUGCUGGCGCCAUUUGUAGCACACUCCCAUGGUUUGCUACGUACCCCCUCGACACCCGAAAGACUCGAGCCCAGAGUGUGCUGCUGGGAAAGACAAAGGAGAUUGGCGAAGCCUCGGUAGCGGUCGCCAAGUCCAGCAUGUACAAGGGCAUCUCCAUCAUCCUGGUCCGAACAGGGGUCAACAACAUGAUCCUUCUUAGUCUCUUCGAGUAUAUCAAGGCUCAAAUUGAUGAGCUACCCAACUAA